AUCAUAACAAGUUCAAUAGGUCAACUUCCUUAUAAGGUCUACUAGGUCAAAUUGAAAGCAACCAUUUUCAAACUGAAAAGUUGUAAAAAAUUUUACAAAUCAUUGAAUAACACUCUUCACUGGCGCUGUUCUGACUUCUGGCUUAAUAUAAUUAAAUAUUGUUCUCAACAUCCAACAUGCGGGCCACUCGUACACCACAGCGAGCAGCAGCGAAUACUAGACGUGGAAGAACACCACAAAAGACUGUAAAGACUGCAGGGAAAGUUACCAAAAUUCCAUCAUCUAAAGCAGCAGUUUUGAAAAAGGUGUAUGGGUCCAGUUCCCCUAAAGGCAAAGCUGCACAGGCAUCCCAAUCCCCUAAGACACCAGGAUGGACGUCAGGUCCAGAUGCAGCAAUUUUAUUUAAAACCCCCAAGACACCUGUUGCUAGUACACCUAAAAAACAACCUAACUCUAAAAGAUCAUCUCUAACCAAGGCUACUAAGGCAAGGCAGACAGAGGUUGCAUCAUUCAUGGUACCUUCACCCCCCAAGAGGGCCGCCCCUUCCUUGCCUAAAUCUCCCCCACUGGCCCAACGCAAAGGUCGUAGAGCAUCCGUCUAUCAGAAGAAAAAACAAGCCUCUUCCCCAAAGCGUAAAAUCGCACAAGCACAAGUAAAAUCACCACCCCUAGCGCAGAGACGGGGUCGUCGAGAGUCUGUAUAUUAUGGACGUAAUAUAGUUAAGGCUUCAAGCAUUGAGAAAAAAGUGACCCCAAAAUCCAGUCCAAAGAAACGACCUGCCAGUUCAAAAAGAUCCCCUUCUCCAGCAAAGAAAGUUAAGUCUGCACCUGUAAUUGCCUCUCCUGUUGAAGUGGUAAAAGCAAAGGCACCACCUAAGCAAACCAAUGCUAAAACCCCUGCAAAGACCUCUGCAAAACCCAAACCAAAAACCCCAGCUCAGAUUGCUAAACAAGCAGACCCUUCAACACCAUUCCUUACACCUAAAACAACCCUGAAAACACCUGCAUCCAAGGCAAAAAAGAACCCCGCAACAAAAAAGACACCUGCUGCAAAAAAGACCCCCGCGGCAAAAGUCAAAGCAACCACUGAGAGCCCGAAAACUCGCAAAACUCCAGCAAGAAAUGCUACAAAGCGCCCCGCAGCUGUGGCAACUCCUGCACAAAAAUCAAAUUCAUCAAGCAAGAAAGCUAAACGAGAAGAUCUCAACUCACCUGUGCCAGAAACAAAUGGUACAUCUGCCACUCCUAAACAAUCUGAUAUUACACCAAUUGAAUCUGACAUUGCAUCUUUAGAUGCAGUUGAUGCAGUCAUUCCUGAAACCCCAUCAAAAACUGAUGCGAAAAAAGAUGAUAGGAAGUCAUGCACAAUAUUAUAAACAAUUUCAACAUUGGUGAAAGGUGUGAGAGUUGACUGUAAUAAUGCACAAGAACUGAGGAUUAAUGACAAACACUCCAAGAUAUGAAUCGCAGAUCCUAAAUUAUCUCAAGACUGAGGAAGUUAGGAACCUAAUUUAUUUAAAGAAUGUGUUAGAAGAGUCUCAUAAAUAUAAAAGGCACUCUAGUUUUCUGCAAGUUGAAAUUAAGAUAAAAUUUUCACAUUUGCUGUUCCAUAUUUCAAGAUUUCCCUUUCACAUCAUAGUAUGUAGUGUAAUUAAGUUGUGAAAUGAAUGAAUGGCAUAAUGUAACAUUUACAUUUUCGCCAAGGUAUUACCUACAAACACAUUUUGCCAAGGUAUCACCUAUAAAUAAUGUACUGUUAUUUACAUUUUGCCAAGGUUUCACUAAUGAUUACAUUUCAGUGUCCAUUGCACAAGCUUAAAGAAGACAGUGGGACACAUUUGGAUUCUUGUAGAAAUUCUAGGUACAUUAUCUGAAAAUGGAUUUUUGAUAUAAAAUGAUAAAGGCAUUGUCUCUUUAAUCAUCCAUGGAUGUUGUAAAAGUAUGUUGAUUACUUUUAUAGUAUAUUCUUCAUCUUGCUUUGAGAUUCACAAUAAUAACUGAAGCUUGAUGCUUUAUGCAAAGUACAUCACACAGAAUGUGUUCUUCACAAAUCUCAACUCAGGAAUCCGGAUUGCGUCCCUAUUUUAUGUUUAUUUAUACAUUAUUGUAUCAUUUUAAAAAUAUUACUCAUCACAGACUACUUAUGUACAUAUACGCACUGAAUUUUUUGAACACUAUUUGAUGCCAUAUGAAAAAAGUUUAUGACUGUUAUGUACAAAGUUCUCCAGUUGACUGUAAAAAUCUAUGAAGAAUAUUUAUAUAUUUUAUGGAGCUGUUUACAGGUUCUGGUUGGCUACAGUCCGCUGCAGCACUCUGUCCACUCUCAAAAGUUUUCAAUGGGAGCUUUUAUAUUAUUUUUUUAAAUUUUAGUAACAGAAUGUGAUCUCAAUGUUAUUUUUGAAAUAUAUUUAUCAGUUAUUCAACAUUUUAAAAUAAUGUACUCCUCAUGCAUGUAUUACUUUUAAAAUAUGCAAUCUGAAGAUUGUUAACUUGAACAAAGGUUAACUGGCAAAAUUAUAUACCAAGGCGGCCAUAUUGCCAGUUCACAUGAUAUUGUAAUUGACAGUCAUUUAUUUCUGAAUUCAAUACGAAAAUGAAGAUCCAUUUUAUUAUGCUACUUUUUAGAAUACUAAAUAUUUUAUAUUUUAGACAGGUAGUGAGAUAUUUGUAUUGUUGGACCAUUCAAUGGGCGUUUAAUAUCCCAUUAGGAGAGAGGGGAUGUUAAACAUAAUAUGCCUUUGAAUGGCCUGACGUCAGCGACAUUAAACUAUAGUAGUUUGUCUUACAUGUCUUACAUUACAAUCCAUUAGUAGUGUUUUAUUUAUGCCAUAAACAAUGUAUUUGUAUUUUUUUGUACUUAUUUAAAGUACUGAUUUUCAAACCUGUGUACAUACUUGUGUCACUCAAAGAAUUUAUUGUAAAAUAUAUUCCUACAUAAUAAAUGAUAUAUUGUAAAUAGGAAAGUA